AUAAAACAGGGUGCGCAACAAUCGUGCCACGCUCUAUCUAUCGGGGGGAACAAUCGCUGCUCGAUUUCGUCGCGUUUUUAUCGCCAAGUUAGACACGUUCAAAAGAAAGAAAGAAACGGAAUGAAGCUCAGCGUCUCCCUGCUGGUUACGUUGGUGCUCCUGAUCCUAUUAGCGAUCGAGGAUACCGUGAGCAAAAAGAUGACCAUCGAGGAAGUGAAGAAAACUUUCAAGAAUCUGAGGAAAAGUUGCAGCAAGAAGAACGAUACCCCCAAAGAGCUUUUAGACGGCCAAUUCAGAGGCGAAUUCCCAAAGGACGAGAGGCUAAUGUGCUACAUAAAAUGCAUCAUGAUAUCAACUAAAAUGAUGAAAGACGACGUUAUUCUGUGGGACUUUUUCCUGAAGAAUGUUCGUAUGAUGUUACUAGAUGAACACGUUCCACGCGUGGAGAGCGUACUUGAAACGUGCAAGAAGGAAGUGACAGCUACGGAUGGAUGCGAGAUUGCAUGGCAAUUUGGCAAGUGCAUCUACGAAAAUGACAAGGAGGUGAUUUUUUAAAUACUUUGGGUGCUU